UUUGUAUAACUUAACUGUCUGGUCUCUGUUCACACAACUGAUACAGAAUUUCUUCUGAACUUACAGUCAUCUUGUGAGGUCAUGUCAGACGAGAGUCUAAGUGGAGGAGAUUGUGUGGAUGCCAGACAAGCGAUCAUUGAGUUUGUGGGACCGAUUCUUACAGAUCAUGGAGUGGAUCAAGCAGAUGUAAAAGAUGAUUUACAUGCUUUUAAAUACAAUAUGAAGUAUCCCAGCGUGGGACAGUGUGUCAUCAUCAACAACAAGAAUUUCCACAAACAAACAGGAAUGGGAGUUCGUAACGGAACAGACGUGGAUGCAAAGAAAGUGAUGGAGGUCUUCUUAAACCUGGGCUUUAAAAUCAGCAUUAGCAAUGACCAAACUGCCUCACAGAUGAAGGAUUUGUUAACUAAAGUAUCUAAGAGUGAUCACAGUCGUUCGGCCAUGUUUGUCUGUGUGUUGUUGAGUCAUGGAGAUGAUGGAGUGAUCUACGGCACAGAUGGCUCUAUAGAGCUUAAAGAUCUCUUUCAGGUCUUCAGAGGAGAUCGCUGCUCCACGCUGGUUGGAAAACCCAAACUUUUCUUCAUCCAGGCUUGCAGAGGGACAGGUCUGGAUCCUGGCGUUGAGACUGACUCAGCGGGACAAAGCAGAAUUCCUGUUGAGGCAGAUUUUCUGUAUGCAUACUCCACUGUAGCAGGUUAUUAUUCCUGGAGGAACGCUAGUAAAGGUUCAUUUUUCAUUUCAUCGCUGUGUGAAAUGUUAUCGAAAUAUGGCAGGCAACUGGAGAUCAUCCAGAUCCUGACACGUGUCAACCACAGGGUGGCUCUGGACUUUGAAUCCUCCAGUCAGGCUGGAUUUGAUAGCAUGAAACAGAUGCCCUGCAUUGUGUCUAUGCUCACCAAAGAGCUUUAUUUCCCUUAAUAACGCAACAUAUUGUGAACACUUUUGAAUUAUUUUAAAAUGCUUGAUGACAGAAAAGAUCUUGAGUAUUCAGAAUAAAUUUGCAAAAUGUUUACGUUGCUGAAUUUGACAGAUACAGCAUCAGGCUGCAUUAAAACACCAGGAUUUUUAUCAUGACAAACAUUUACUUUGGUAGUUUGUGUGUUUUUAUUAUUUUUGCUAGGAUUAUUUUGUUAUGGCAUAGCCUACACAGUGUGUGUGCAAAAAGCUUUUACACAUAAAUUAAAAACCAAACGGGAAGCAGUGCAUGUCGGAUUAUUCUUUUAAAUGCUUUGUUUACAGAAGACUCACAACCAGAUAAAAAAUAAUUAUAAAAGCAGUACAGUUUAAUCAAUUAAAAAAGACAAAAAGCCUAUCCAGUGACAUUAACUCUAAAACAAUCUUAAAUAAACAAUCCCAGAGGCCACAUCACUGCCACAUCCAAAUCGCCAGAAAGUGUCCAAAUGCUGCUAUACAUUUUGAAAAGUAUAUCGAUUGUUUCAUUAUUUAAAACCUAACAAUAGUCUUUUAAGCGAGUUAAGGCACUGUUUUGAAUAUGCGCUAUUGAUUUUAAAUUUAGUUAGGCCUGUAUAAUGCAAUGACAUUCAUACAUACACUAGUUGCCAGUAACUUACUGUAAAUUUUACAUUUAUGUAAUUUACUGCCAACAGUUUGUUCAAAGUUAAAUGAACAUGAACGUUUUCAGUCUAUAUUUUCUACAGUAUGUUACUGGCAACCAAUGGCAUAAUUACAGCUAUUUUUUACAGUGAAAGGUAUACUUGUUUGGUCACUCCCAGACAGGGAUUAUCUUAAACCAGGACUAGGCCUUAGGUUAAUUAGGAAAUAAAAUUAGUUUUAACACACAUACCUUACUAAAAACAUUACUUGUGUGCAUUUUGAGGCAAAACAAAGGGUACUGAUUAUCAAGUUGUUUUCAGUUUGGAUAGCUCUUACUAAUUUUUAAGUCUAGGCCCAGUGGGGCGGUUUCCCGAACAGGGUUUAAGUCUAGUCCUGGACUAAAAU